AGAUCUCGAAAGUAACAGACGAGUAUGGCAAACGUCCUAGCCAUGCUGUCAAUAUAAAUAACCAUUCAUUUUCCUGGUUUUCCCUGAGAAGAAUUGAUUUCAGAAUUCAUCUUUAAACUAAUUUAUCUAAUAAUAGUAAAUAAUAAUUAAAAUGCCAGGAAAUCACAUGCUUAUUGCUAGAGAAGAAUCAGAUAUGAUGUCUCAAAUGACUGGUAUGGUGCCAACUAUGACAUCUGGAAUGAUGCCUGGAUUGGAAACAUCCGGUGGUGACAGUAUGAUGAUGAGCGACACCAUGAUGAAGAGUGACAUGACGAGUGACAUGAUGAGCGACAUGAUGAGCGACACCAUGAUGAAGAGUGACAUGAUGAGCGAAAGUAUGACGAUGAGCGACACUGUGGUGAUGAGCAACCCCAUGAUGAAGAGUGAUAUGUCAUCUAUGGGCGGUAACGGUACUAGAAUUGGUGGUGGCCCUCCAGGUGGUCCUGGUAGAACAGCAACCAGGUCUCUUCCAGGAGCAGGAUCAGGAACUGGUGAUGACGAUAUGAUGAUGACUUCCUCCCCUGACGGUGAUUCUUCCGCUUCUGAUUCUUCAGAAAGUGGUGGUGCUACUACAUCCACUGGGAACGGAGCUGGCGCUGUUGCUGCUAAUUGGAAGAAGUCAGCUGGUGUUGCUUCUAUUGUUGGUCUUUCUUUUAUUUUAAGUUUGUUGUAAGUUAUAACUAAUUUUAUAUACAUUAGAAUAUGAUUUGAGUUUUCCAUAAAUAGGUUACAAAAAGUAUAACAAUUUUUGCAGCUAGUAAAAUAUUUUGUAAGGUUCUUUUCUACAGAUCUG